AUGCUGCUCAAUGCCACAGAUGCUGAUCCACGCUUGGAGCAGUGGGAUCCGCAAAUUUCUCCAACAUAUCGCUGGAUUCUUAAAAUACAAACAGUCCUGGAGCCUGUCAUUAUAGCUCUCGGAAUACUCGGGAACUCGCUGGCAAGUCACGUGUUCAUGUCUAAACAUUUGAGGACGACCUCUUGCUGCCUGUACCUGGCAGCCAAGUGUAUCGGCGACACCAUCUUCCUGAUCGCCCUGUCCGUUGUUUGGCUGCAUAGAGUGGACGCCCCUCUCCUCAACACACCAGGUGUCUGUCAGGUGACAAUCUUCAUCACUUACUCCUGCAGCUUUACCUCCGUGUGGCUGAUAGUCCUGGUAUCGCACGAGAACUACAUCUACUGCACCCCUCGCCGGGCCCUCGUCAGCAUUCUCGUGGUCUUGCUCAGUGCCCUCAUCAUCUACCACUUCCAUCUGUGGACUACCAUGGUGCUGGAGGACGACAACAGCGAGCUGAUGUGCAUGGCACUGGCGAG